GAAAACAUGGUUGUUUUUCAGCGUUUCUUUGAAUUUUUCAGAAUUAUAUUAUUGUUUAUUUUCUAACAUAAUACAAUGAAUCUAAAAUUGGGUUUUAUGUGUCGACAGUAAUUAUUUGUUUUAUUAUAUGUUUUGAAAAUAAAUAACCUUUUGUGAGCGUCAGUCUUGUGAGCGAUAGGCGUUAAUGGCUUGUUACAUUGAAUAAAGAUGAUUUUUAUGGACAUUCAAUGAUUUAAGCGUCCAGAAUGGUUGUUGGAUCAAAUACUUAUCCAGGGAGGCAAGCACUCCACAAAAUGCAGCCCAUGGGUAUGACUCCUCGUGAGCUGUCAGAAUACGACGACUUGGCGACCGCCCUGAUAGUGGAUCCGUAUCUCGACAUUACAACACACAAAAUGAACAUUCGAUACAGGCCUCUCAAAACAAACAAAGAAGAAUUAAAAAAUAUUAUCAAGGAGUUUAUUCAAACACAAGACUACAAUAAAGCUUACACCAAGUUAGCAGGUGGAGAAUGGAUGCCUAGACACUUUAGUAAAAAUAAACAUCAACAAAACAAACUGAGGGAUCAUAUUUAUAGAUACCUUCGGGUGUUUGACAAGAAAGCUGGAUUUGUUAUUGAACCAUGCUACAGGUACUCCUUGGAAGGAAGAGUGGGGGCUAAAAUUUCCACAACAAAAAAGUUUUUUAAACAUGAGAGAAUUGACUUCCUAGUUGGAUGUAUAGCAGAAAUGACCGAAGAAGAGGAGAAACAACUGCUGCAUCCAGGUAAAAAUGACUUUUCAGUGAUGUAUAGCUGCAGAAAAAAUUGUGCACAAUUAUGGCUGGGUCCAGCGGCUUACAUUAACCAUGACUGCAGACCGACAUGCACAUUUGAAGCUACUGACCGGGGCAAAGCUUUUGUCCGUGUACUGCGAGACAUUGAAGUCGGUGAGGAAAUUACUUGUUUUUAUGGUGAAGAUUUUUUUGGUAAUGGCAAUUGUUAUUGUGAAUGUGAAACUUGUGAAAGAAGAGGUAAAGGUGCAUUCUCUGUACAGAGCUCAUCUAAUAAUGAGGAAGUUUCCAGAUAUAGAUUUAGAGAAACUGACAAUAGAAUCAAUAGGACUAAAGCUAAGCAAACUCAGAAACAGGUGAAUGGUAAGAAUUCAGAGAAAACUCGAAUAUCAAACAGACAGGUGUCAACUAAUAUAGUGUCACCGCUUAGUAUGAAGGAAAUGAAGCAAAAGGGGCUCACGCGAUAUGAUGCUGAACUACUGAUAGCUCAGGGUUGUAUAGCCGACGUUAUAGAUGGGCCAGUUAAAGAGAGUCAGGGAAGUAGGGAGUCAUCAGCUUCAAGUAGGAGUGAGAGAUUACGAAGACGGACUGAUAGUAAUAAAGUAGUUAAUGGCAAUACAACAAGUACUACUGUAACACAGACAAAAACACCUUCCUCACGCUGUUGUAGCAUCACCAGCUCACGAAGCAGUCGAGAUUCACAUUCUGGCAUAGUUUUGAGAAGCCAUAAAAAACUGAAUGAUGGCGUACAGUCUUCUAGUACUAAAAGUAAAAAUAGUGUAAAGUCAAACUCUGAAACAAAAGUAAGUAAAAAUAAUAGUAGUUCCAUAAAAAUAGAACCAGAAGUGUGUGAAGUUGAUGGUAAUAAAUUAUUAUCAAAAGAUGACCAGGAAAUGAAUCCGACUCCUGAAAGCUCCAGUUCAGACAUGCUUUCAUCCAAUGAUGCAGAGAAAUGUGAUACUAAAGAAUCUCUGACAAAAUGUGAAAAAAUGUCAACCGAUUCAGAUGGCACAAAGACAAAUACUUCAAAGAUUGAAAGAAAUGAGCAAAAUUCAAUAGAGAAUGUUAAGUGUGUGAGUGAAGUUGAAUGUUUGAAAAGUGAAAUAAGUGACUUUAGAGAAAAUGUAAACCCAAGUGAAUGUAAUGAUAGUAGUAAUAAAAUAAAUAAUAAGCAACAUAAGGGUGAUAUUUCAAGUAGGACUGAGGAAGUUAAGAAAGAAUCUGACACUGCACCUCCUUGGUUAGUUGACAAUUCAAAUAAAAGUAGUGAGUGUCCAUGUACACCUCCUAGAAGAGGCUUGAAGCUAACUUUGAGAGUUAAAAGAAGUCCAGUAGUCGAGGAAGUAAUGGAUUGUGGUGGCGUAUCUGAAGUGCAGGAAUAUGAGGUGCUCCGACUUGAGGGAGUAGACCCAGAAACGGCACGACGUCUCAAAAAGAGACGCAGGUCGAAGGAGCGUCACCGCAAACAUAGUCCUAUCCGUCCCCUGCCUCCAAUGAAACGCUUACGAUUAAUUUUCGGCAACGAAAGCCGAACUAUAGAUUUACCCACUGCCAUGUCAGCAGACUGACAGCCGCAACCACCUUACGGUUAUGUUUCCACCGUUAUUAUUCAAUUAUUAGUUUAAUAUUAUUGUAACUGACUAGGAUUAUUAUACUAUCUGGUAUUUAUUAUUGUGACGUGAGGUUCAGGUUAAGUAUUGUGUGAUAGGUUACAUAUUUAAUUAAAUGAAUUUAUUCCAUUCAUAUUUAUGACUUUUCAUAAUAUUUUGUUUUACUAGCACAAAAUUAUGCAAAUCGAUUGGAAUGUAAUAUGAUCUUGACAUGAAAGUGUUACAAUAUUAUGUAUCACAAGACAAUUACAAGUCUUUAAAGUUUAAAGCUUUAUUUAGUGUACUCAACAUGUAUCAAAACAUUAUUUUUAGCAUAAAAUGUUAACUUAUUUCAAACUACUGUUAAUAAUAUCUUGGCAUAUUAACAUUAUAUUAUCUUAUGAUCAGUUACUUUAGUUCAGAGUUCAGACAUAAUAUGUAGAGGCAUAGAAUGUGAAAUGUUAAUAAUGGUUUAGCCAAAAUUUUGUAAAAUGCAAAGUAUUAUAUUAAAUUAAAUGUAUUUUAGGAUUU